AUGUCAAAACUGUCUUCCGUUGACGCCGACUCGCCAACCAAGUCCGAGUGCUUGGAACUCUUUCGCGCUCUAAAGAAUAAAGACGAGCUCUCGCACUCGUGCAAGGAAAUCAUGGAGAUGAUUACAGCUAAUGACAAGGGCGUCAUGGAGAACGAGCCCCUCAACACGUACGGUGGGAGUAGAAGUCGUGGUGGGAUCAGCCACGCAGCACUGCAACGCCGCUUCACGGGCAAGAUGUCGGGUGUCAGUCUUUCGAGUUAA